GUACCUGGAAUUUAACGAUUGUUGAGGGCCUGUGGUGGAACUGUACACAGCCGACUGUGAUACCGAAUUCUUCCGAAGGAUGCAGUCCUAGUAAUGGCAGAAACUGGCAGAAUGGAAUCAUUGGACUCAUGAUAUUUGCAGCUACUUUCGGCUUCCUGGCCUCUGUUCUUUCCAUCUGCGGUGUCUGCACAAACCCGCUACCAAGGAAAAUUUACUACUUCCAUUCCGCUGGUGAAAUCUUUCUCAUAUGUG